AUGGCAUCUAAAUCUGAAAAGACCAUCCUCGAAGCCUCUAUGGGCAGCUACAUGAGAGUACUAAGAAACCAUAAUACUCUUGUAAAGCUUAUUGCAGCCUAUCCAUCAUUGAAGGAAAAUAGCCUUUCACGUCCCUCCGCUCUGACGGAUAAAGAACGGCGCGUAUUUCUCGAUCUUCCUGAUGCGGAUUUGGAGCAAGCUGUUACGGAUCCGAGCAGCCUCACGCAAGAAGAAAUACUACUGCUAUCAGCCAGGUUCUGGACGCCUAGGGCAGAUGCGGAGCGCGAGGUGAUCUGGGAACUCCUUUGUGAAACGGAAGAAAUAAUCAUGGGAGAAGAAGGAGCAGCAUUUGAAGCAUCUAGAAACCCCACUUUUCUUCCCAACGAGCUAGAAGCGUUUCAAGCCGGAUCCAGAGAGUGGUGUGACCGGCCCACCCGCGCAAGAAAAUUGCAAGCCAGUGCCAUGGCCGAGGCCGCCCUGCCCGAUGCUCCGGAAUGGAUUCGCCGUCUCUAUAGAGAGGGGAAGGAUUUGUGGGAACCUCUGGAAUAUUUUCUGUGUCAUUGGGGGGAGAGGGGGUUCGUCAAAUUUGCGUUGAAGUACAAUGGCUCGAAGGACAUAAUUGAUGCAAAAUGGUACAUGAUUUCAUUUAAUGCGCCGGGCUCUGCGGUUUUACCACACGUGUCUGUGGCUGGGACUGCUUUAGAUGCAAGUGAUAAAAGCAGUCAACAGAAUGGUUAUGAGCAGAGAGCGGAUGUCGCACCCAGAAUCUUAUUCGGCGGACAACGUCGGUUUGAACACCAGAAGGACGGACUUGCUUCUUCGGGUGUCAAUACGAAUACCUUUCUAGUCUUUGAUCGCAUAUGCAUGGCCUCGGUUCUUGAACCCGGCAGAUCCAUCGAAAGUAUGCGGAUCCGUGCCUUUGAAGUUGACUAUCCUGUGCCGGGAAAACUUGCACACGUGGCAGAUAAGGUGGGUGUGGAUGAGAUAUGGCAGGCUGCACAGCAAAGUCGGAAUGCUGCGUUUGUUAGUUUAGAUACUAAGGAAGCAGGCAAUUGGACACCGUCGAAUCCGAUGGGCGGGGUUUUCCCUGAUAGUGUUUUGGGAAAGAGACGGUAUGCUAAGAAGCAACCGUUGAAAUAA